AAGAAGAAGUUCUUCUCCGACGGUGGACUCCCGCCUCUGAAUAAUCAGCAAGUACCAACCUCCAAAACCUUGCCAGAGAGAGAGAGAUGAGCUCGGCGGACCUGCCAACGAAAGAGGUGAACGUAUUAAAAGGGCACGAAGGAGCAGUACUUGCCGCAAGGUUCAACGCCGAUGGAAACUACUGUCUGAGCUGCGGCAAGGACCGUACAAUCCGUCUCUGGAACCCUCACCGGGGAAUUCACAUCAAGACUUACAAGUCUCAUGGUCGUGAAGUUCGAGACGUUCAUGUCACACUGGACAACUCCAAGCUUAUUUCUUGCGGCGGCGAUCGACAAGUUUUCUAUUGGGAUGUAGCCACUGGCCGUGUCAUUCGAAAGUUCCGCGGCCACGAAGGCGAGGUAAAUGCUGUGAAGUUCAAUGAAUACUCGUCCGUGGUGGUUUCGGCGGGUUAUGAUCAGUCAUUGCGUGCUUGGGACUGUAGGUCUCAUAGUACCGAGCCAAUUCAAAUUAUUGACUCAUUCUCAGAUAGUGUCAUGUCUGUUUGCUUAACUAAAACUGAAAUUAUUGGUGGGAGUGUAGACGGAACUGUCCGAACUUUUGACAUUCGCAUUGGUAGGGAAAUUUCUGAUGAUUUGGGGCAGCCUGUCAACUGUAUAUCAAUGUCAAAUGAUGGUAAUUGCUUAUUAGCGAGCUGCCUAGAUUCGAAAUUACGUCUUCUGGAUAGGUCUAGUGGUGAACUGCUACAGGAAUAUAAAGGUCAUACUUGUAAGUCAUACAAACUAGAUUGCUGCCUUACAAACACUGAUGCACAUGUAACUGGUGGAUCUGAGGAUGGUUUCAUUUACUUCUGGGAUCUGGUAGACGCAUCUGUGGUAUCAAGCUUCCGGGCUCAUUCUUCAGUGGUAAAGGCUGCAUGUUUCCAAUUCUUUCUGGCAGAUUUUGUUUUAACAAUGCAUAAUGGUCAUUGUACUUGUACCUUAUUCUUGACAAUAGUUUCUGUAGGGAAAGUGAUCAAUAAUUCUUUAGUUUAGAAAUGGAUUAAGCUUCCCAUAUGUUUCCAAGAAUGAGAGGGCCUUGUUGUAAUUAUUUAGUGUACUUUUUCCAUUUUAGAUAUCCAAUUAAGUACCUUCAUUGUAAAAUUCAUGGAGGAUGGUCCAAUUAAUUACACAUGAUCUUUUCCUCCACGUUUGAUAGUAAGUUCUUUUAUUGGUUUUACUCUCCUUAGUUUAUCAAAUUUAGAUAGCCAUGUGCUGACAAAUCACAAUUUUAAGUUCUGCACACUUAAGCUGGUCCCCCAUUCCCCCAGCCUAACAUGUAGAGUUUUGGUUUAGAGGGAUAUCCUAGAGAGCGUGGCUUUCUCUUUCAAUUAGUUUCCCUUUCAAUUAGUUUUAUAGAAACAAGCUUUUAAUAGAAUCUUGGGUAUGUUUUAUUUUGUUUUGUCUUUUCUUCAUAUUGUUUUUCUUUGGCAGGUAACAAGUGUGAGUUAUCACCCAAAGGACAGCUGCAUGAUAUCUGCCUCCGUUGACGGCACCAUUCGGGUAUGGAAGACAUGAGAUUUUAACAUUGCAGGAUUUUUUAAAAUCAAUUAUUAUUAUUAUUAUUAUUAAUUAUCAAAGAUCUUUUCGUGUUCCUUCUCAAGACUCUUGAACAAGACCCAUUUAGAAAUUUAAUUGCAUUAUCAAAAUUUCUAUUUUAAGCUUUGUAAUGAAGCAUUGAUUUGCCAGUCAAAAGAACAAAUGCUUGGUAAUUGCCAAACUUAAUGUCAUCUACUGGACUUUAUAAAUGAAAGUAACCUUUUCUUUGCUAGUCAA